AAAUAGAAAGAAAAAAAAAUCUCAUCUUCAUUAACAGAGAGGAGGCCCCACGUCGCUUCGGCUGCUGUUGUGAGUUUGUGAGCGAUAGAUUUCUGGGUUUGCGCCGCCAGACCGAUCAAAGAUGGCGGCUACAUCCAUCAUAGUUGUCUUCGACUUCGAUCAUACGAUGAUCGAUGACAACAGCGACACGUGGAUUGUGGAAAAAAUGGGUCUCACCUCUGUCUUCAAUCAGCUUAGACGCAAAUUACCUUGGAAUUCUCUAAUGGAUAAGAUGAUGGAAGAGCUUCAUUCAAGUGGGAAGACAAUCGAAGAUAUUGCCGAGUGUUUGAAACAGAUUCCGAUGAAUUCUACAUUGAUAUCUGCCAUUCAUAGACUUAAGAGUAUUGGAUAUGAUUUAAGAAUAGUUAGUGAUGCAAAUCAGUUCUUCAUUGACACAAUUUUGGAGCAUUAUGGUUUGGUUGGUUGUUUUUCUGAAAUCAUUACGAAUGGAAGCUUUGUGGAUGAUGAAGGAAGGCUGAAGAUCUUACCUUACAAUAGUUUGGACCUUCCUCAUGGUUGCAGUUUAUGUCCCUCCAAUUUGUGCAAGGGUUUGGUGAUAGAUAAGAUCCAAGCUUCCAUGGUUAAAGGGGAGAAGAUAAUUAUGUAUAUUGGAGAUGGGGGAGGUGAUUAUUGCCCUAGUUUAAGACUUGUUGAGGGAGAUUACAUAUUACCAAAAAAAGAUUUCCCUUUAUGGAAGAAGAUCAAUGGUGCUCAUAAUUCCUCCAUUCUUGUAAAAGCAAUGAUCCAAGAAUGGGUAGAUGGAGAAGAGCUUGGAAUGACUAUUCUACGUCUUUGUAAUAUUUAACAUUUGUGGCACUAGGGCUAUGAUUAAAAGAAAAUUUGAAUAAAAUUUAAGAUAUUGGUUUAACCCAUUUAUGAAUUGUUGUUUCAAUUCGAAUAUUUAAUGUCAAAUUCUCAUUCUUCCUCCCCGAACAAUAUUAAAGAUGAUUUGGAAGAGCGGUUUUAUUUUUGUUGAAUGAUUGUACUCUGGUUGUGAUGAGAUUUCUGCUAGGAUUUUGAGGGUUGUUAUACAUUUAUUAUCCUUUGUGCGAUU